AUGUUGUCAAAAAUAUUUGCCAAUAGCUUCCUUUUUCUUGCCGUACCAGUCUUGACUAAUCCAGUUUUAAAAACUGAACAGGAGUUGGACCCCGUUGAGGUUAAGGCUAUCGAUACGUGUUACGGUACUGGGUCAAAAGAAGCGAACUGGAAUAAACACGUUUUAUCUAGAUGUGAAAGAGCCAUGACAUUUUGUUGCGCUUGCGGAGAUCCUGUGGUAACUAUGGAAGGCCUUAACUGGCCAACCGGAGUAGGCGAGCGCUUCAUAUCUGUUGUGUUUACCAGAGAAGAUGGAGUAUACGAAUCAGUCGGGGUAGUUGACCAAGAAAGAGAUAAAAAAUUUGACGAUACAAUUGUGAAGCCAUUCUUAGAAACUCCAAAAUUUGGUGCAAGCUAA